AGAAGUUGAACGUGAAGCGCGAAAAACAACAUUCUACAGCUUUUAAAAUACGUACGAUCAUAAGAAGCGAGUUUCGAGCGAUCGUUGGUGGAAUAUUCAGCCGAUGAAAACAGGAUGAAAAGAUAUUGAAAUUAGUUUAUGACAUGUAUGCAUUUAAACCGACGACCUUCCUCACUAUUUACUUGAUUGAAUGACUAAUGAAAUGUCAGGCGACAGUGUAUGCUGGGUCUGAGAUUUCGGUAUCUAGUAUGUGAAGAAAAAAAAACACAUGAUAAGAAAUUAUCGCGAUUCAUCGCUGUCAAUUUCUUCUUAUCAAUGGAGAGGCCCCUGCUCGCUGCAUCCCUCGGUAGAAAAAAGAAAUGUACAUUUUCGAAAGCAAAGGAUUGGAUAAAUCGUGUUACGUUAAUACUCGACCACUUCCGUGUAGAGAGUUUUCAUAUUAUUUAUUUCUUAUUUUAUUUUCUUUUUCUUUCUCGACGACUGUCGAGAGGCAAAGGUGGAGUAAAAGUGAAAAUGAAAGUUUCAUUUAGUGGGUAACUGUGUCAGGGGCGAAAGAGCUAGACUACUUGCCCUCUUGGCUUCCUUUUUAUUAAUUUCGUUGUCAUCGAGACAUCGACUCACCUCCACUUUCUCUAUUAUCCGCAGACCCACUGAUUGUUGCGAGAAAAAGAGAGCGAGAGAGAAUUAUGGGUUUGGUAUUAGCGAAAUAAAUGAGAAGAGAGAAAAUGAAAAUUGAAACGAAGGUUGAUUAUGUUGACUCAACGAUAGCAUCGCCUGCCAAAGAGUAUAAAUGAGACCAACUGCAGAUGGCUAACUGUGUCAAGGGCAAGGCAGGGCCACUCGUAAAUAAUUCCAUAUCCAAAUGGGGCACGUAGACGUAGAAAAGAGAAGAAAGAGCGAGGAAGAUGUUCAGUUUUCAUAAACCGAAGGUUUAUCGGUCGACGACAGGUUGUUGUAUCUGCAAAGCCAAAUCCAGCAGCUCUCGGUUCACCGAUAGCAAGCGAUAUGAAGAGGAUUUUUUUCCCUGUUUUCUACUCGAAGAGAGGCGCACUGGGGAAAUCUGUAACGCAUGUGUGUUGCUGGUGAAAAGAUGGAAAAAACUACCAGCAGGGAGCAAUCGAAAUUGGAGUCACGUUGUCGAUGCACGAGCAGGACCGGGAAUAAAAUCCCUGACAAAAUUCAAGUCAAAGAAUAAGAAGAAGUUGAAGGAGAAUAUGGAGAAGCUCUCAAGGAAGAAGACAGCGACUAAACAAGAUGAGGAUCGUGAGCAGAGCCCCGCAAUGAGCGAUGAUUUAAAUGAUGAGGAAAUGACGGGGACAGGUAGCAAAGGAUCGAGUCGAGCUGGAAGUCCCGAGGGCAGUGAUGACACUAUGAUAACAGACAAAAGACUUAAUGACACGGAUUGUAAAGCAGAGAAAGACGACUACCAUGGAUUCAUUGAUAUGACGUACUUCAAGAGGGAGAGAAUCUGCUGUGGAGAAAUUUUCAGAGGUCUUUGCGGGGAGAUAAUCGUCGAUCCAUCGCUAAUAAAACGCUGUGCUGGUUGCCUGGCUCGUGAAAGGCGUCAGCGUGAAGCAAGUGUUCCAGCAAACACAAGUCCAUUCCACAGUUCAGCAUCAGCAAGCCCAGCUCACAGUGCAGCUUCAUCCAGUCCAGCACACAGUGUUGAUUCAUCGUCAGAGGCAUCAAAAACAACUGGAAAAACGUUCAGUGAUUCCUCAUCAGACUCUGGCUACGAUGAGUCUUCCAAUCCGGGUAUUGGUGAGAGUAAAAUCAUUAAAAACAGUAGUAACAACAUCGUCACGAGUAUCAAAGUCCAUCAGAUUAAGGCGAUACAAUUGAAAGCAGCAGCACUGUCAGAAACUGUCAGAUUAACGAGCGAUGUACCAAUUAAAUUAUUACCCAUAAAACAGGUAGAUAAAUUUACGUGUAAACCACUGUCAACGCUCGUAACAUCAUCAGGUGCUCCACUUCCAAUAGCUGUACCUAAUAAUCCACUCGUAGAUUUUGCUAUUCAUGCUACGAGACAAUCUGUCACAAAUUAAUGACAGAACAUCUGAUGAUAGGUGUCACCAUAGUUUAUACACAUUUUUUUCUUUUUUCUCUUUCUUUCGUGGUAGUCUUGGUGUACUGGAGACUUCGGCUUCAUUAAUUAGAUAAAUAAAAAUUUGUGAAAACUUCCAAUGCAAGUUUUAUACUUGAAGUCUAUUCUUAAUAACACGACGAUAUUUUCUUUCUGUAUUUAAUGCAUUAUUGAAUUAGGGAUACUUGCAAUCUGAAGAAUCAUAUUCGAGAGAUCGUGAAAAUUUAUUGUUGUAUUUUUUCUAUUUAUUACCCAGAGAAAACGGCCUGUGGUGGGUGAAUAAAAAAUUAAUUAUUGAAAUUGUGCAUACUGCAGGGGAGUUAUGAAAAAAUUGAAAAAGGGCAAAAAAAUUGAGGAUUGAUACACCAAAAUGCUGUGAUGAACGUUUAAAUAUGUGAUAUGUUUCGUCUUAGAAAUUGUUAAUCUAAGAAGGCAGCUUUUUCGGUAUGUACUAAAAUUGUGAUGGCUUUUGAAUCGUCUAAUUGAUUAAAUAAUCCUGUCCACAGUGUUGAUUCUAUCUGGGAAAAAAUCGUAUGUGUAAAAGUUCUUAUAUGCCAACAAUGUUACUCUAACGUUAGUGGCCAAAUUAAAGUAAACAGUCAUGUUUUAAGCUGAGAAGUGCUUUUUUUUUUCGUUCGUGGAAAGAAAAAUAGGGAACUCCAUGACGUUAGGCAUAAGAAAUUCGUCCUGAAAUGUGUUUUAGGCACCAGUCGGAAAAAUAAUCACAGAUCCUUCAUGAUCAUUAAUGAAAAUGGGGAAAAUGUGAGAGACAAGUCAAUUAUACGACUGAGGAAUUGGGCAUAUGGACUGAGUACUAGACUGUCUGAGAGAAAGAAAAAAACGUUAUUGAGAGAGAUAGAUAGACAAGACGCAAAACUAGAUAAGUUAUUAGCAUAAGAUAUUUUCUUCUUCGAUAUCAAAAGUUGAAAACAGCACAAGGAAGUUACCUCUUGAACCCUCCGAUCGUUUCUAGCCUACUAAAAAAACACUGGUCACAAAUCACGGACGAGACACAAAGAUUAGUUUUUAAUUGUAAAUGUGCAAUAUUAUAUUCUUUGCGUCUCUACAAACUGAUUUGGCAUUAUUUUUUUUAUUGUAUAAUAGAUGAAGAAAGUUGAAGUUGACUCGUCAGCUUCAUAUAUUCAAAGUUUUACAAAAAAUUUCAAAAAAAAAACAAAAAAAGGAAACAAGCUCAUUGACAAUCGUUGAAAGCUAUCAAUCAAACAUCGAACCAAAUAAUUUGUCCAUGGAAGACGUUUGUUCAUUUGUUGCCUCCUCUGUGGACAGAUUAGAUUAGCAUUUUUUCAUUGUUUUUCAAUAACAAGUGAAUUAUUAAAGAGUGAAUGUAAGUUGUGAUCUCGUUUACAGUCAAUGUAAGAUCGUAACUAUUACUGUGUGCUAUAUUAAUCAUCGAGAUUGAUUUUUUUUGCAUUUUGUUUUUAAUUCAGGAAGAUGCAAAUGAGACUGCUCUUUAUUUAUUUUUAUUUCUCAUCGCAAAUAAUUUCACUUCUCUUCAAUUUUAAGUCGGGUACAUAUUUUGUUUCCCGUCACACGAGAGUAUAAUUUUUUUUCGUAUUUCUCAGAUAAGAAAUUGAUAUUUUUUAAUUCACAGAACGGACAGUUGUGCCGAUCUCCCUACUAUCUCCGAGCUGUAAUAUUCAUAAUAUAUUUUUUAUACAAAUAAGAGGAAAGGAGAGGAAUAAUAUGGAUUAUCGUGAA